AUGUUUUUUAGUGAAUUUCCCCUCUUUCACAAUCAGAAAAUCUCACACGGGGGGGGAACCAAUUCCUGUCCUAAGGGGCGGGGGGAAAAGGGUUUUCAGGAAGUCCAAAACCCUUUUCAAAGGGAUUAG